AUGCAGUCUGGCUCUUGGCCUAUCGCUGCUCUCACCUCGCUGGCCAGUGCUGCUGAUCUAAACGUCCCGGCCUGCCCUGCAACUGCAACUGCCUCGUUCAAUCAGGCUAUCCCUGAUCUUGCGCCAUGCCCACAGACUACUGUUGACCUCUGCUACACGUCUACAGCUCUGAACUUGGUGUUCACAGCAUACGGUGAGACCAACUUCUACUUUGAUCCCUCGCAGACUACUAAUGGCGACAUCUGGGCCUACGAGGUCAUGGAGGCAUUCAUCUACAAGGGAACCGACAAUCCUCAGACCUAUUUCGAGUACGAAGUGAGCCCGAACAACGUCACCUACAAUGCGUUUAUUUUUAAUCCGUCGCGCACCCGCGCAGCAGGUACUCCGUUCGAUCAUGCAUUCGUCUCAAACCCAUUCGGCGACGGCUUCAAGGUCACCACGGCACUGGAUAAGCCCAACAACAAGUGGAUUUCGACCUCAUCGAUCCCGCUCGCCCUGUUCAACGCUGAGAACCCAAAGGGCACCAACUGGCGCAUGAACUUCUUCCGCACAGUCACUGGCCCAACCACUUACCCGGACCAGCAGCUGUGCGGCUGGAAGAACACGAACGCAAUGAAUUUCCACAUUACUCCUUUCUUUGGAACCGUCGCCUUUGUUUGAACACCUUACUUGAAGACGCAGCCUAUGCAUUUGAUAAUACAUUACACUUUCUUAAUCCACACAGCAAUGGCUAUAUAUGCUACCCAAAGUUUGUUGCUUGAGAGGACGACAAACCAGCUCACUUUCGGCUGG